AUGUGCCUCUUUUCUCUGCAUCACACCGGGAAUACCGAGUCAUAUCGACCUCAAGAAUCCACCACCAUCACCCCAUCGAAUCCGCGCUCGUUCUCGUUCUCCCUCAAAGGAAAGGGAACCCAAACUCCGCAUCACCUCGCUUACCCUGCCACCAUUAAUGAUCGCUCGGAAGCAGAGCAGCAAAGACAGCCUCAUUUGUUGACUGGUUCGGAGAGUACUCCUGCUAAUGAUGCCUUCCCCACACCCGAUAUCGUUGUGAGCUCUGCAUCACCUGAAGUCGAGGUCAAUCGGCCAGAACCUCCGUCAACGCCAGCUACUGGUCAAGGAUAUUUGUCUCUAGACCAUCUUUCACCAUUGACGCCCAUACCAGCGACACCACACCCAUCGAUACUUGCGGCUGAUGCUGAGGAUAGUUUCACGAGUCGGUCGGGUUGGGAUUACUUGUCAGGUGGAGAGGACAGGAAAGGGGAAUGCCUUGCUCGAAUUGAUGAAGGGACAAGGCAAAGCUGCGGUUGGAUCAAGCAAGGCAAGUUCCCUUGCAAAGAGAAGCCAAAAUCAAAUUUAAAGGCAAGAAUGCGACCCAAGCCAAAGAUCCAACCGAAACCAGUACCGCAAUCUGUCCCUACUACUGCUGAUGAAGGAGCUGGCGACACCGAAUCUGACGAGACGUGGAAGUUUGAAGCAGAUUUGACCAUUUUGAAGCCGCCAUUACCGAGACUGGCUUCACCAGCUGAGGCACGCCCAGAGGUUCCUGCGAACGAGGUUGAAUCGGCUCCCGAGAACGUGGCUGAAUUGGUUUUUGAAGAUUCUGCACCACUCGAUGACCGACCUCAGGACGUGAUUGAAAGCAAUGUAGAACAAUCAGAAAGCACCGCGCCUUCAGCUCCAGAACUUGUUGCUCAGCGUGGGUCAUCCGAACAAGCCGGUUCAGUAUCUGUAGCCCAGGAGAAGCUCACCUCACAUGCUAAAACUACCGCUCAGCCUCCUCUCAAGCCAAGAAUAAGCAAAUUUCCGCUCGGAAAGAAGGUAGUGGCACCAGCUAAUCCCAGAGCUUCUCGGGUAACAAGGAGCGUGUCGUCAAAGCAGCAAGGAAAGACCAGAACGUUUGUCAAGCCAGCUUCAACACCGUCACCAACAAAAGUUGCUAGCUCUGCAUCCAUGCUCUCGUAUCGACCCACAUAUUGGGGUCAAUAUGCUCUCUCAGCAGGGGGCGUGUCCCAUACAUAUUCAGUCAACUUGGAGCAUAGUCACACUGCUACAGGAGGUCCAUCAUUAUCCACGCUAGCCAGUGCCCUCGAAAAGCUUCGUAUGCCUCCUCCUGCAAGGCCCAAUAGGACUAUGGGAUUUAACAGAGACAGCGAGCAUACUUCUUUCGAUGGCAAGAUGAUGAGCAUGGAUGAUGGCGCUCUCGGCCGACCGUCGCUAGGAGUGGGAAGGCCGAAAAGUGGGGAACUCAAACGCUCUGCGACUGUGGGGUCUUCGAAGGCUGGCCCUUCGAAAAGGGCAGUUCCUCUCGCGGGAUUUUCAAAAGAUGACAAAGCUUCCAAGCCAGUGCAGAAGCCUCUGUCAGCGCAGAAGCCUCUGUCAGCGCAGAAGCCUCUGUCAGCGGCAGGAUUUGGGGCGCCAAGGCCACACCUUGGAGCUGGAGCCAUUUUGCGGGGAGGAAAGCAGGAUCUGUCCUACAAACCCUGCAUAUUUGGGUUUGGUGUAGGCGGCAGACGGGUUGUUCAAAAGCCGGGUCGGAAGACAAGUCUUCCCAGUGUCGUCGCUAGUCCCGUCAAAGAAGGAGAACAGGACCCCGAUGCCAACGUCCCCGACCAUUGCAUGGAUGACGUUGGUGUAUCAGCAGCAGACUCCUCAGGUGAUGUCUUUUUGUCGCCAUACUCAGAGCCAAAAAGCUCCUCCGACGAAGGUCAAGGCAAGGAGAAAGACUCCACUGGUGACUCGUGGCUAUCAAACGCUUCUCGAAGAGUUUCCAUGGCUUCACAAGCACUUUCCCAAUCUUUGAUCUCUCUCUGCCUCCACCGGGUUCAAUGGGCCCCCAGCAACACCUCCUGGUCGAAGGGGUGGUGUCAGAAGGUCAAGCAGCAGUUACCCAUCCACUUCAGGGGCCUCGAGUGGUUCUCCAACCAACAUAUCUGGGACAAGAUCAAGUGCCCGGAUUGCGAAGGCCGUCGCUAG